CUUUCCGUCCGUGCCGAUCCCACUCGAGCCGCAACCAUGUCCGGGGACGAGAUGAUUUUUGAUCCUACUAUGAGCAAAAAGAAAAAGAAGAAGAAGAAGCCUUUUAUGUUAGAUGAGGAAGGGGAUGCCCAGACAGAAGAAACUCAGCCCUCAGAAACAAAAGAAGUGGAGCCAGAGCCAACUGAGGACAAAGAUGUAGAAGCUGACGAAGAGGACAGUAGGAAAAAAGAUGCUUCUGAUGAUCUAGAUGACUUGAACUUCUUUAAUCAAAAGAAAAAGAAGAAAAAAACAAAAAAGAUAUUUGAUAUUGAUGAAGCUGAAGAAGGUGUAAAGGAUCUUAAGAUAGAAAGUGAUGUUCAAGAACCAGCCGAACCAGAGGAUGACCUUGACAUUAUGCUUGGCAAUAAAAAGAAGAAAAAGAAGAAUGUCAAGUUCCCAGAUGAGGAUGAAAUACUAGAGAAAGACGAAGCUUUAGAAGAUGAAGACAGCAAAAAGGAUGAUGGUAUCUCAUUUAGUAACCAGACAGGCCCUGCUUGGGCAGGCUCUGAAAGAGACUACACAUAUGAAGAGCUACUGAAUCGAGUGUUCAACAUCAUGAGGGAAAAGAAUCCAGAUAUGGUUGCUGGAGAGAAAAGGAAAUUUGUUAUGAAACCUCCCCAGGUUGUCCGAGUAGGAACCAAGAAAACUUCUUUUGUCAACUUUACAGAUAUCUGUAAACUAUUACAUCGUCAGCCCAAACAUCUCCUUGCAUUUUUAUUGGCUGAAUUGGGUACAAGUGGUUCUAUAGAUGGUAAUAACCAACUUGUAAUCAAAGGAAGAUUCCAACAGAAACAGAUAGAAAAUGUUUUGAGAAGAUAUAUCAAGGAAUACGUCACCUGUCACACGUGCCGAUCACCAGACACAAUCCUGCAAAAGGACACCCGACUCUAUUUCUUACAGUGCGAAACUUGUCAUUCUCGAUGCUCUGUUGCCAGCAUCAAAACCGGCUUCCAGGCUGUCACGGGCAAGCGAGCACAGCUCCGUGCCAAAGCUAACUAAUUUGCUAAUCACCACUGAUUUUGCAAAGUGUGUUGUGGAGAUCUGGCUGGACAGGUUUACCAUCAGAGUGGAUAUACCAUUGUAUUAAAAUCAAGAUAGAAAAGCUGCCAAGUUCUUUGGCGUGUGGCUGGUUGGUCUGAAAUCCUUGCAAGAUGCCGAUGCUCAAGCUGUUGACAUGCUCAUUGCCUACUUUAACAACUGUCAGAGAAACAUGAUGGGGUAAGGCGGUGCUUUUUUAAAAUCGUUCAUAGACUUCUGUAAAAUGCAAGAUAAAUUAAAGUUAUUAUAACAGUGAUUCUUUCAAUCUGGUUUGUCCUUCAGUUUUCUUUUCUAUAAAAAUUGUGCUCAACAAAUUCAGCAAAACAGUUUGUGCUUGGGCUCUGGCGAGGUCUCUGUAUCCUUAUCCUGAGAAACUGAACAUUGGCAGGCGCUUCAGCUGAGCAGCCAUUUUCUUUCUCAGCUGCUCUCUCUUGGGAUACAUAAAGUAGCCACAAGUUCACAUGAGAGGGUGGUUGGAGUGUGAGAUCUGGGAGGACAGUGUGUUUUCAGUGUCCAGGGAACGACUACACAGAUUUGACUUCUUUUCAUUAUGUGAGGAUUAUUGCUGCUACCUCACUGCCAAGUCCUCCAGCUAUUACCACAUGAGGAAAUACAGGAUGCUAGGUACCCUCCCUCCUUAGAAUUUUCUUCCUUAUUGGCCACAAAGAGAAUCUUAGAAACAUAGCCUCUAAGAGUGUCUUGUAACUGGCACACUAAGAAAAACCCUAGUUGGGCAUAUGUUGGCGAGGAAGCGAUGUGGCAUGUGCAGUACAGAGAAUUCUUCUGCAAGUCCAAACCCUGACGCUAGAGGAAGCUUUUCUUUUUCCUCCCCAGCUUGUGUUCUGGGUUUAAAAAAGGCCCACCACAAAUGCUUUUCUAUUUUGUGUAUUAAAGUGGCUUUUGAAUGUGACCAUGAGAAACCAAAAAGUGAUGCUGCCUGUGUGGUGCUUCUGGGUACCUCCAGUUCUGCCUUCUGAGGAUUUGGGUGAAAGGGUAUUUCUCCAUUGAGCACAGGAGGAAAGAUCAUCUUAUGUGUCUGCUGUGAUCUGCCUUGCACGCACUUGAGAAGAACGGCAUAAUACUGCUCCUCACUUUCUUGUUGCCAGACUAUUCCUAAGUGGCCCAUGAGUAGUCACUCAGCUCUUAAUAUCUCGACUACAUUGUUUUUAAUCACUGUGACCCUUAAUUUUAAAUCACAGGCCAAGUGUUGUAAAGCACCUUGGCCAUGAAGCAGUGGAGAGAGCAGAGCAUUCCUUCAACUCAGUAGGUCCUGAGGGGACUACACACUGACUAAGCUGCCACGACUGCCCUGAUGAACUCAACUGGUGGUUAUGAUGCCGUCUUCCUUCU